UGCGCAGUGUCCCUCGGACACAGCUGAUCACAGAUCAAUGGAAAUAGCCGAAGACGUCAGCUCUGUCAUGUGAUCAGCUGUGUCCAAUCACAGCUGAUCGCAUGGGACAUGUAUACUGAUCAUCAGGGCACUGAUGAUUAGUGUGCCCUGAUGAUCAGUGUAGCCCCAUCAGUGCCACCUGUCAGUGUCCAUCAAUGCCAGCUGUCAGUGCUCAUCAGUGCCACAUCAAUGCCACAUAUCAGUGCUUACCAGUGCACAUCAAUGCCACAUAUCAGUGCCCAUCUGAGCUGCCUUUCAGUGCCACCUAUCAGUGCCAGUCAGUGCCACCUAUCAAUGCCAGUCAGUGCCACCUAUCAGUGCUGCCAAUCAGUGCCAGUCAGUGCCGCCUAUCAG